UCCAGCAACGGAUUGUUGUUUGUUUUCGUUUGCGGUUUGCUCUCCGGUUUUCGACGCUAAAGUGAUCGUUUAUGUGCUCGAAUAAUAAAAAUGAGAUUACUGGCUCUUGCUAGCAUUGUGCUUAGUUUUACGGUGUUAAUCGUAUCAUCAGCUACAACCGUGCAUUACCUGCAACCGGAUGGCGUCAUUACAUACAAACCCGAUAACUCACGCAUCUACCGGCCGGGGUUGCGAACCUACUGCUACCGUGGACAGGAUAAGCAGCUUGUCCACCUGUUUCAAACCAUUAUCCUCAAUUUCGACUGCGAUCAUGAUGAUUUCAGUCAGUACGAGGGCGGCUCCCCGGAGGAAGUCCGAUCGCAUCACGAAACCGAGCAGAACUUAUUUUCCUUCAACUUACUGUCGAACAACCGAAAGCGGGUUAUUAAACUAGAUCCCUUUAAUCAAAGCUGCAUUGGCGUAGUUUCCAGCGAAGCAUAUACCGUCCGCCUAAGUUUGAUUCGAAUCGACUUCUGGAAAGUGAUUUUGCUGGCCGUUGGUGUGUUCGUGUUUCUGUCGGCGGCCAAGCUGAGUAACAAUGGGCUGUUUUACUACAUUUGCGGAAUUUUCUUGGGUGUAUUUGCCAGCUUCCUGGUGGUGGUUUACAUGGCCAGUAAGCUGUUCCCCCGGAAACCUAUGAUGUACGGUGUGAUGCUGGGUGGAUGGACGCUGGGCAUUUACUUUGCCCAAAUGCUGUUCGAUAAUGUGCGGUUGAUCUUUGUUACGUAUCAGGUUUACGUGUUCUGGUAUGUACUUACGACAGGAUUUAUCAGUUUUGUAAUCUGCUAUCGAUUAGGUCCACCGAAGAAUCAGCGCAGCAAAGACCUAAUCAAGUGGAGUUUACAGUUGGCGGCUCUAGGGGCGAUCUUUUUUUCAUCUGCCUUCCGGGAAGCGACCACCGGAAUGUGUAUUGCUAUCGCUGUUUUCUACUAUUUCCCCAGAAGCAUUCUGUAUAAGGUGCGCUCUAUUUAUCGGCGACGUUUUCCUCCGAAAAGACGAUUCUUGACCGAUGAAGAAUAUUAUGAACAGGGUGUUCGAGAAACCACCAAAGCCUUGGAAGAGCUACGAACCUUCUGCAGCAGUCCGCAGUGUAAACAGUGGAGUACUGUUUUAAAGCUGAAAGAUCCAGCUCGGUUCGCUUCCUUUAUGGAAGGUUCCUCUCAUUUACUGGACGAUGAAAUUCUCGAAUAUGAAACCUCCAACGCACAGGUAGAUAUCAGCGAUGAUGAAAUGGAAGACGAGCAGGAUCCGGAACCGAUGCUGCAAGAUGACUCCGAGGAUGAAGAUGUUCAACGACACCGCCAGAACGCAAGGGUCACUCCCUCACGGGAACCAGCGUAUCGAAAGUUUGCUCAAAGAACGAAUCAAAACGGUGGACGCAGUCUGGCGAGUACAAGUACUCCAACUAAUGCCAGAACCCUGAAUGGAACCAGAGGGAAUAGUCGAAGCAGACAAGUAUCGCAGCAAUCGGCUCCGUUACGGAACGAAAUCGAAUUCAGCGAGGAUGAAGAUUAAUCUUUGAUAUUCAUAAAUUUGUUUAUGUAAAGAAUUUGAAUAUUUGUAAAAAUACAGUUUUUGUAAAUACA